GCUUGACAGGAGGGAUCCGCUCACUCAGUCUCUGCUCUGCACUAGUUCGCCGCUUCCACUGCGCCGACCUCCUGCCUCCAUUUGAAGUUAACGGCCACUUUGCUUCGCAUCUGAAAGCAGGAUUUUUUUUUUCACCGGUUGUCGAAACGCGCACCGCGACGAUUUCAACACAGACUAGCAACGGAGCGGCGGCAGAAAAGUUGUGGGUGAAGCAGGCGAGACUCCCCGAUGUGUGCAAACGCUGGCUGUUGUAUGACAGUAUGCACCCUCACAAGUCUGGGCAGGCAGUUAGUGCAGAAGCAGGCACCAUGUCCACCCCCACAAACCCAGAGGUGAAGGAACUGAACCCUGUCGACUUUAUCCAGCUACAGCAGUACAUCGAAUACUGCAGCUUGAAGGUGAAAGACGUGCUGAGGGAAUUUGAUGCAGAUGGCAGCCUGGCCCGGCACAGACACGGAGAGUGCAUCAAUGAAGAAGGCUUUCGUCUGUUCCUGAAGACUUAUUUAGAAGUGGAGGACUUCCCUGUGGCCCUCUGCCAGCGACUCUUCCGCUCCUUCCAAAACUCUGAACCCACCCAAGAAGACAGUGCCAAGGAGGUAUUUCUGAAGGAUGUUUCAUGUUACUUCUCUCUGCUGGAGGAUGGCCAGCCCAGGGACAAGCUGGAGUUUGCUUUCAAGCUCUAUGACAGAGAUGGCAACGGAGUCCUCGACAGUUCGGAAGUGGAUCGGAUUAUUGCUCAGAUGAUGCAUGCUGCAGAAUACCUCGGCUGGGAUGUGUCAGAGCUGAGACCAGUUCUGAAGGACAUGAUGACGGCCAUUGAUGCUGACAGCAGCGGCACGGUGUCUUUGGAGGAGUGGGUGGAGGGAGGCAUGAACAACGUUCCCUUGCUGGUCUUGCUGGGUCUGAAGAUGACCCAGAAGGAUGGGCAGCACCUAUGGAGGAUGAAACAUUUCAACAAGCCUGUUUACUGUAACGUGUGUCUGAGCAUGCUGCUGGGUCUGAGGAAGCAAGGCCUGUGCUGCACCUGCUGCAAAUACACAGUCCACGGACGCUGCGCUAACAAGAACCCGGCCCCCUGCACCAGAACGUAUGUGAAGUCAAAGAAAGAAACAGGGGUUCCAGCACACGACUGGGUGAGUGGGAACUGUGACUCGAGGAAGUGUGAUAAAUGCCAGAAGAAGAUCAAGAAAACGGGCAAAAACUGUGUGUGGUGCCACACGAUGCGUCACGAUGAAUGUGCAGACCAAGACCCAACAGAGUGCACCUGUGGGCCGCUCAGAGACCAUAUCCUGCCUCCAUGGGCGAUAUAUCCUGUUAUAAAGGAGAGACCAAACAAUGUAAAGAACGGCUGUUCAGGUUCAACAGACGACAGCGAGCUCAAUACUACUCCUGAUGGACAAGUGCUUCAGAUCAUCCCUGUGCCAAACACUCAUCCUCUUCUAGUGUUCGUCAACCCUAAAAGUGGGGGCAAGCAGGGAGAAAGAGUCCUGCGUAAAUUUCAGUAUUUACUGAAUCCACGGCAGGUAUACAACCUUUCAAAUGGUGGACCUGGACCAGGGCUGAGUUUCUUCAGAAAUCUGCAGGAUUACAGGAUCCUGGUGUGCGGGGGUGACGGCACAGUUGGCUGGAUUCUGGAUGCAAUAGACAAGGGCAGUCUGUUGGUACGACCACCUGUUGCUGUGCUUCCUCUGGGCACAGGAAAUGACCUUGCACGGUGCCUCCGAUGGGGAGGAGGAUACGACGGGGAGGAUCUGAGUCGUAUCCUUAAAGACAUUGAGGGGAGCUCUCAGGUGCUGAUGGACCGCUGGAGUGUGCAGGUCAUCACCGAUGAGAAUCAGGAGAAGGGUGACCCAGUGCCAUAUGAAAUCAUCAACAACUACUUCUCGAUUGGAGUUGACGCUUCCAUUGCCCACCGGUUUCACACGAUGAGGGAGAAGCAUCCCCAGAAAUUCAACAGCAGAAUGAAGAACAAACUGUGGUAUUUUGAAUUUGCCACCUCAGAAACCAUUUCUGCUUCCUGCAAGAAACUGAACGAAAGUCUGACAAUUGAGUGCUGCGGUACUCCGCUGGAUCUCAGCGGCCUGUCUCUAGAGGGGGUUGCUGUGCUUAACAUUCCCAGCAUGCACGGUGGCUCCAACCUGUGGGGCGACACCAAAAAAGGGGACACUAAGGGACUGACGAGUCAGGAAGAGCCAGAGGUGAUCGUCGACCCAGAAAUCCUGAAAGUGGCUUCCCAAGAUCUCAGUGACUGUCGAUUGGAGGUGGUCGGCCUUGAAGGAGCCAUGGAGAUGGGACAGAUAUACACGGGCCUCAAGAGCGCCGUGAGGAUCGCCAAGACAUCACAAAUCACCAUCAGGACGAAGAAAGCAUUACCGAUGCAGAUAGAUGGAGAGCCGUGGAUGCAGCCUCCCUGCACGAUUCACAUCACACACAAGAAUCAAGCCAGUAUGUUGAUGGCUCCUCCGGCCAAAUCAACUAGUUUUUUCAACUACAAAUAAAACCAACUGACUGCAUGUACGUGUUCAUUGUAAAUAAAGGACUGACACUUUUAUAUAUAUAUAUAUAUAUAGAGAGAGAGAGAGAUCAGUUUGAAUGUGUAUGUUGUAGAAUAAUUGCAUCGUAACAGUCAAACUAAGGAUAACUGCUUCAAAGGUUGUGCAUCUCUGUAAACAUAUAACCGAAGCAUGGCACUGUAUGAGUAUAAACUGUAUGGUACGAUAUGUUUGCAUCGUGGCAAAAUGAAUUUGACCAAAUUUACUCAGUGUUUUUAUCAAUACGCGACACUCUAGCUGCCUCCGUGUCAAUGCUUCACAGUCAGUGGAAAGGGUGCUCUGUAGGAACUUAAAGUAAGUUUAAAGUAAAGUGAAUAUAAUGCUCAAAGAAUAUUCAGCUUCAUGUGCCUUUACAAUCUGCCCUCUAUGGUUAUGGCUUAGGUAGAAGACAUACAGAGCGCUGUGUAGGCAUGCACUUAGACCAUGUAGUAUUUCUGUUUUGUUGUGGCUGUAAAGAUGCUGUGAAAGCCAGAUAUAUGUUCUUUUCAGUUCGGCACCAAGAGUGAAGGAUAGAUGUGGCUGGAGGAAUUUUACUUUUUUCAUACAUUUCAGAAGAUACUUGAAAGUGUUUUUGGGGAACAGCGAUAGGACAAUCAUUGCCAAAGGGGCUGCAUGUUGAUCCGCUGCAGCAGUCAGCCUACUCUGCUGUUCCUGUGUGUGUGUGUGUGUGUGUGUGUGUGUGUGUGUGUGUGUGUGAGUGUGUGUGUGUGUGUGUGUGUGUGUGUGAGUGUGUGAGAGUGGUGUGCUGUACUUGUUGAGCACAGAAAACUGAGAUAUGUUCACUUCUGGCUUGUAAAUUGUGAUGAGUUGGAUCUGAAACGACUUAUUCAAACCCGUUUAAACAUAUAUAGUCCUUAUUUAAAUGCUUUAUGAGUCAUAUCAUUUCAUUAUAUCUGGGGGAUGUUAAUCUGAUGUGUCUGAAAUAACACAUUGUGUAAAGAUUUUAAUAAAUCAUCUGAGCUUCA